GGGUUUUUAACCCCUAAACCCUUUGUACCAAAAAAACAAACUACAUGUACCAGAAAAAACCCCUAAACCCUUUCAAACGGUAUCGCAGAGUUUCAGCAGCGACUAUAGAUUGAGAGUUUCCGAAAAUAAUUUGAUAGCACGCACUUGAUUACUCCAUCCACGUUCUGCGAUAAAAAAGCCUAUGGUAUGCAAACUUUUUGAGAAGCUAGUCAAACCAGAUCAAGUAGUUUGGUAUCCUGAAAAAUAAGGGUGCAGACCUCAUUGUUGACAGUGAGCAUCAGAUGGAUCACUUUGCAGCAGCUGAAGAGCAAAUUGCUUCCCAGAGACUGAGGCAGAAACUUGAAGAAGUAAAUGUGGCUGCCCAAACUAAUCUUGCCCCUGUCCAAGACCAUGUCAAUUUUACUCUUCAGAAAGCCUAUUUUAAAUGCGCAUAUGAGUGCUUUGAUAGAAGCAAAAGGCAGGAAGAAAUAAGCAAUUGUGUUGAAAAUUGCAGCAUUCCUCUUACUAAUGUGCAACACACAUUUGAUAGUGAGAUGGCAAAGUUUCAGGAGAGGUUGAAUAGAUCUCUGAUGGUGUGUCAAGAUAAGUAUGAGGCGGCUAAGCUUCAGCAGAAUGGGGCCAUGAAUGAUUUGAUUUCCUGUGCUGACCAGUCAAUCCAGGAAAGCAUCAACACACUGCCACAUCUUGCCAACAAGUUGAAAAAAUCCUUUGGAAUUGAGUGAAAAUGGAUCCUUCUAGCUUAUUUUCCUUGUGAGAUAACACUAUUCUUGUUUCGUUAUUGGUUCCUUACUUCCUUGUAGCGCUUUUAUUUUUUAUUUAUUGUUCUUCUCCUAUACAUUUAACCCCUCAUGCAAAUCAAAUUGGGUGCAAACCAAGCUUGCAUUAUAAACAGAUUAUGGUGCUUUCUCAAUAUGAGAGUUUCAGUCAACGAUGGACGUUGUACUUUGCAAGAA